GAUGUGAAGUGGGAACAGGAAUCAUUAUCAUUUCCACAUAAGACAGCGGAGGAGUCACAAUGGUUCAUAAAGUUUCCAUGAAACGAUAACUAGGAAGCUUCCUCUGUUUUCACCAUUCUCAGUCAAUGGAGUCAAUGCUGUGUGGUCAACAAAAGUACAAAGCCUCUUAAUCUGUAAUUCCUUGCUCCACAUAUAGCGCUCUGUUAUUAAUCAUGGAUUCUUGAAUCCUCUCUCCACCAUAUACUAAUAAUGGAUUCUUCUUUUUUACUCGAAACUGUUGCUGCUGCAACAGGCUUCUUCACACUUUUGGGUACAAUACUUUUUAUGGUUUACAGAAAAUUCAAAGACCAUCGAGAAAACAAAGAAAAUGAUUCUUCUUCUUCAACACAACCGUCUCCUUCACCACCUCUGUCGUCUUUAUCUCUCACGCGAAAAUACGAUGUCUUUCCAAGCUUCCGCGGGGAAGAUGUCCGCAAAGACUUCCUCAGUCACAUUCAGAAGGAGUUUCAAAGACAAGGAAUCACACCAUUUGUUGAUAACAAUAUCAAGAGAGGAGAAUCUAUCGGUCCAGAACUCAUUCGGGCGAUUAGAGGGUCCAAGAUCGCAAUCAUCUUGCUCUCCAAGAACUACGCUUCUUCAAGCUGGUGCUUAGACGAAUUGGUGGAGAUCAUAAAGUGCAAGGAAGAAAUGGGUCAAACAGUGAUAGUCAUUUUCUACAAAGUGGAUCCAUCUCUUGUAAAGAAGCUGACCGGUGAUUUCGGGAAGGUAUUCAGAAACACUUGUAAGGGUAAAGAAAGAGAAAACAUUGAAAGAUGGAGAGAAGCUUUCAAAAAAGUAGCAACAAUAGCUGGUUACGAUUCAAGAAAAUGGGAUAACGAAUCGGGCAUGAUCGAAAAAAUAGUCAGUGAUAUUUCGGAAAUGCUGAAUCAUUCGACGCCGUCACGUGAUUUUGACGAUUUGAUUGGGAUGGGAGAUCACAUGGAAAAGAUGAAACCAUUGUUAGACAUAGACUCAGAUGAAAUGAAGACGAUAGGAAUAUGGGGUCCUCCUGGGGUUGGCAAAACCACCAUUGCUAGAUCUUUAUAUAAUCAACACUCGGACAAAUUUCAACUGAGUGUCUUUAUGGAGAGUAUCAAAACCGCGUACACAAUACCAGCGUGUUCCGAUGACUACUAUGAAAAGUUGCAACUACAACAACGGUUUCUGUCUCAAAUAACCAACCAGGAAAAUGUCCAGAUCCCACAUUUAGGAGUUGCACAAGAAAGGUUGAACGACAAGAAAGUUCUUGUUGUUAUUGAUGAUGUGAAUCAGUCAGUACAAGUAGAUGCCUUGGCGAAAGAAAAUGAUUGGCUAGGUCCUGGGAGUCGGAUUAUCAUCACAACCCAAGACCGAGGAAUUUUGAGGGCGCAUGGGAUCGAACAUAUUUACGAGGUGGAUUAUCCCAACUAUGAAGAGGCCCUUCAAAUCUUUUGCAUGCAUGCUUUUGGUCAAAAGUCCCCAUAUGAUGGUUUUGAGGAGCUUGCUCAACAAGUUACAACACUUUCGGGUAGACUUCCUUUGGGACUUAAGGUUAUGGGAUCCUAUUUCCGGGGAAUGACCAAGCAGGAGUGGACAAUGGCACUACCAAGGGUAAGGACUCACCUUGACGGAAAAAUUGAGAGCAUUCUAAAACUCAGUUACGAUGCCUUAUGUGAUGUAGAUAAAAGUUUGUUCCUUCAUCUAGCUUGCUCUUUCCACAAUGAUGAUACCGAGUUAGUAGAACAGCAGCUUGGAAAGAAGUUCUCGGAUUUGAGGCAAGGGCUUCACGUCUUAGCUGAGAAAUCGCUUAUACAUAUGGAUUUAAGACUGAUACGUAUGCAUGUUCUGCUGGCACAACUUGGUAGAGAAAUUGUUCGUAAACAAUCCAUUCAUGAGCCUGGACAACGUCAAUUUUUGGUUGAUGCAACAGAUAUUCGUGAAGUACUCACUGAUGAUACAGGCAGUAGAAGUGUAAUAGGCAUAGAUUUCGACUUCAAUACGAUGGAGAAAGAAUUAGAUAUAAGUGAGAAAGCCUUCCGAGGAAUGUCUAAUCUUCAGUUCAUAAGAAUUUAUGGUGACCUUUUUAGCCGUCACGGAGUAUACUAUUUUGGCGGUCGCGGUCACCGCGUGUCUCUGGAUUAUGAUAGUAAAUUGCACUUCCCGCGAGGUCUGGACUAUUUACCUGGAAAACUUAGGUUAUUACAUUGGCAACAAUUUCCGAUGACAAGUUUGCCCUCUGAGUUUCAUGCGGAGUUCCUUGUUAAACUAUGCAUGCCCUACAGCAAGCUUGAGAAGUUGUGGGAAGGAAUUCAAGUAACUGUUUGUUCUCUUUAUUUACUUCUCUCCAACUUUCAUUUUUUUUUCUUUUUCGAAUGGAUUAUUUGAUGUAUACGAACGGCUUUGAAACGCUUUCACACUUCUAAACUUCUAGUUGUGGUUUUUGUACUGCAGCCGCUUAGAAAUCUCGAGUGGCUGGAUUUGACUUGUUCCAGAAAUCUGAAGGAGCUUCCUGAUCUUUCAACAGCCACUAAUCUCCAAAGACUGUCCAUUGAGCGUUGCUCAAGUUUGGUGAAGCUCCCUUCCUCUAUUGGGGAAGCCACUAAUCUCAAGAAAAUAAACUUGAGAGAGUGCUUAUCUCUGGUGGAAUUACCCUCCUCAUUUGGGAAUCUUACUAAUCUCCAAGAAUUGGAUCUUAGAGAAUGCUCAAGUCUAGUGGAGCUCCCAACCUCGUUUGGGAAUCUUGCUAAUGUUGAAAGCCUGGAAUUUUAUGAAUGCUCAAGUUUGGUGAAGCUCCCAUCAACUUUUGGGAAUCUUACUAAUCUCAGAGUGUUGGGUCUUAGAGAAUGCUCAAGUAUGGUGGAGCUCCCAUCCUCGUUUGGGAAUCUUACUAAUCUCCAAGUAUUGAAUCUUAGAAAAUGCUCAACUCUGGUGGAACUCCCCUCCUCAUUUGUGAAUCUUACUAAUCUCGAAAAUUUGGAUCUUAGAGAUUGCUCAAGUCUACUCCCCUCCUCGUUUGGGAAUGUCACUUAUCUCAAGAGAUUGAAGUUUUAUAAAUGCUAAAGUCUGGUGGAGCUCCCCUUUUUCUAAUAUAUAUAUAUAUAUAUCCGUUGGUAUAGUUCUCUGGGAUUCUAGUUCUUCGCAUGCGGUCUUAAUAAUUUGUUCAACCUCUUCUCAUGGUAUGUGUGAUUUGAAUGUUAUUUUUCCCAUUUUCUUGCAUGCAGAUGAUUUUAUUGCAAAUAGAAACGUAUUUUGUAGUUUUCCUUUGUUAUUGCUUGUCCGAUAUUUUUCGAUGCGAAAACAUUCAGUGUAGUUUUCGAUGGAGUUAAGAAGACAACUUUAUCAUUGGUCCAUCCAUGUCUUAAUCUAUUAGCUGUGAAAUUUCAUGUUUUGACGGAGACAUAGAUUUAAUUAAUGUAUCCUUGUACUUUAUUCCUUGCUAAUUCCUUCUUAGAG